AUGGUGCAGCUUCAACGUUUCUAUGCCGUCAGUUUUCUGGUCAAUUGUGGAGGAACGUUGAUACAACCACGCUGGGUACUAACAUCGGCACACUGCUGCCGAGCUAACGUUCCGCUUCGAAAUUUACGUGUCCAAGCCGGGACGGUCGAGCGCGAUGAUCGAAAUGGUGGCGACUUUCGAUGGGUAACUCGGUUUUGGCAACACGAACUGUACAUCGCCGAUGAUCGUACCCAUCCGCACGAUAUUGCGCUAGCUGAGCUCGAUACUCCGUUCCUGGUGUCAGAAUCGGUGAUCCCGAUCCAGUUGACACCGGCUUCACCCAAACCCUCCACAAAAGUGCUGAUAAUGGGCUAUGGGAAGAUCGAUGCAGAUGAUACGCUGCCCGAUACGCUGCAGGUGAGCGAUGGGUUCCUUGUGCCACGUGGAAGUUGUUCCGAAGCGGUCGGUCCUGGGCUGCUGUGCGUUGGUGGUGGUAAUGGGGCGUGUAUGGGAGAUUCGGGGGGUCCAGUAGUGAUGGAGACAGGUGACAAACGGAACUACGUGCUCGUUGGUGUCGUUUCGUACGGAAAGAGAAUAUGUCAGAUCGGGACGAUCAUCGUGACGGAUGUGUACGAGUACGAGGGAUGGAUACAGUCGAUCGUUAAUGGUACCCGUACUUACCAAGAGCGUGCAGUGGAUCGUUUGUAA